GCCUUGCACGCAGACAGACGCUCCAACUCCAAAAAGGUGCAGGCUACAGUUUACGAGCGGCCCGAGGUAGAAAAGAAAAGCCUUCUCAAUCAGAAAUCUUUGUACAAGCAAAUUUUGUAAAAUAGAGACUGAGAUCUAAAAGAUAAUAGUUGUUAUAUACAGCAUCCACCUUCACAAGUGUUUGCUUCUAUAGACAGGAUCAGGGUCAUUAAAACAUAAAAACUCUUAAAACUCAGAUCUCAAGGAUCAGACACAAAAAUGCACAGACUGAUUAGCUGCCAUCUUGGAUUGCACAAAUAGGCUCAGUUGGUAGAGCAUAGUCCUCUGUAGGUCAGUUUAGGCGCAUGGCUACCAGUAUCUCUGAAACUCAUUUAGAUAAUACCUUUGAUGAUACAGUGGUAGCAAUACAUGGUUAUAUACAGUGAGGGAAAAAAGUAUUUGAUCCCCUGCUGAUUUUGUACGUUUGCCCACUGACAAAGACAUGAUCAGUCUAUAAUUUUAAUGGUAGGUUUAUUUGAACAGUGAGAGACAGAAUAACAACAAAAAAAUCCAGAGAAACACAUGUCAAAAAUGUUAUAAAUUCAUUUGCAUUUUAAUGAGGGAAAUAAGUAUUUGACCCCCUCUCAAUCAGAAAGAUUUCUGUCUCCCAGGUGUCUUUUAUACAGGUAACGAGCUGAGAUUAGGAGCACACUCUUAAAGGGAGUGCUCCUAAUCCCAGUUUGUUACCUGUAUAAAAGACACCUGUCCACAGAAGCAAUCAAUCAAUCAGAUUCCAAACUCUCCACCAUGGCCAAGACCAAAGAGCUCUCCAAGGAUGUCAGGGACAAGAUUGUACACCUAUACAAGGCUGGAAUGGACUACAAGACCAUCGCCAAGCAGCUUGGUGAGAAGGUGACAACAGUUGGUGCGAUUAUUUGCAAAUGGAAGAAACACAAAAUAACUGUCAAUCUCCCUCGGCCUGGGGCUCCAUGCAAGAUCUCACCUCGUGGAGUUGCAAUGAUCAUGAGAACAGUGAGGAAUCAGCCCAGAACUAUACGGGAGGAUCUUGUCAAUGAUCUCAAGGCAGCUGGGACCAUAGUCACCAAGAAAACAAUUGGUAACACACUACGCCGUGAAGGACUGAAAUCCUGCAGCGCCCGCAAGGUCCCCCUGCUCAAGAAAGCACAUAUACAGGGCCGUCUGAAGUUUGCCAAUGAACAUCUGAAUGAUUCAGAGGAGAACGUGUUGUGGUCAGAUGAGACCAAAAUCGAGCUCUUUGGCAUCAACUCAACUCGCGUGUUUGGAGGAGGAGGAAUGCUGCCUAUGACCCCAAGAACACCAUCCCCACCGUCAAACAUGGAGGUGGAAACAUUAUGCUUUGGGGGUAUUUUUCUGCUAAGGGGACAGGAUAACUUCACCGCAUCAAAGGGACUAUGGACGGGGCCAUGUACCGUCAAAUCUUGGGUGAGAACCUCCUUCCCUCAGCCAGGGCAUUGAAAAUGGGUCGUGGAUGGGUAUUCCAGCAUGACAAUGACCCAAAACACACGGCCAAGGCAACAAAGGAGUGGCUCAAGAAGAAGCACACUAAGGUCCUGGAGUGGCCUAGCCAGUCUCCAGACCUUAAUUCCAUAGAAAAUCUGUGGAGGGAGCUGAAGGUUUGAGUUGCCAAACGUCAGCCUCGAAACCUUAAUGACUUGGAGAAGAUCUGCAAAGAGGAGUGGAACAAAAUCCCUCCUGAGAUGUGUGCAAACCUGGUGGCCAACUACAAGAAACGUCUGACCUCUGUGAUUGCCAACAAGGGUUUUGCCACCAAGUACUAAAUCAUGUUUUGCAGAGGGGUCAAAUACUUAUUUCCCUCAUUAAAAUGCAAAUCAAUUUAUAACAUUUUUGACAUGUGUUUCUCUGGAUAUCAGUCUAUAAUUUUAAUGGUAGGUUUAUUUGAACAGUGAGAGACAGAAUAACAACAAAAAAAUCCAGAGAAACACAUGUCAAAAAUGUUAUAAAUUGAUUUGCAUUUUAAUGAGGGAAAUAAGUAUUUGACCCCUCUGCAAAACAUGAUUUAGUACUUGGUGGCAAAACCCUUGUUGGCAAUCACAGAGGUCAGACGUUUCUUGUAGUUGGCCACCAGGUUUGCACACAUCUCAGGAGGGAUUUUGUUCCACUCCUCUUUGCAGAUCUUCUCCAAGUCAUUAAGGUUUCGAGGCUGACGUUUGGCAACUCAAACCUUCAGCUCCCUCCACAGAUUUUCUAUGGAAUUAAGGUCUGGAGACUGGCUAGGCCACUCCAGGACCUUAGUGUGCUUCUUCUUGAGCCACUCCUUUGUUGCCUUGGCCGUGUGUUUUGGGUCAUUGUCAUGCUGGAAUACCCAUCCACGACCCAUUUUCAAUGCCCUGGCUGAGGGAAGGAGGUUCUCACCCAAGAUUUGACGGUACAUGGCCCCGUCCAUAGUCCCUUUGAUGCGGUGAAGUUAUCCUGUCCCCUUAGCAGAAAAAUACCCCCAAAGCAUAAUGUUUCCACCUCCAUGUUUGACGGUGGGGAUGGUGUUCUUGGGGUCAUAGGCAGCAUUCCUCCUCCUCCAAACACACGAGUUGAGUUGAUGCCAAAGAGCUCGAUUUUGGUCUCAUCUGACCACAACACUUUCACCCAGUUCUCCUCUGAAUCAUUCAGAUGUUCAUUGGCAAAUUUCAGACGGCCCUGUAUAUGUGCUUUCUUGAGCAGGGGGACCUUGCGGGCGCUGCAGGAUUUCAGUCCUUCACGGCGUAGUGUGUUACCAAUUGUUUUCUUGGUGACUAUGGUCCCAGCUGCCUUGAGAUCAUUGACAAGAUCCUCCCGUGUAGUUCUGGGCUGAUUCCUCACUGUUCUCAUGAUCAUUGCAACUCCACGAGGUGAGAUCUUGCAUGGAGCCCCAGGCCGAGGGAGAUUGACAGUUAUUUUGUGUUUCUUCCAUUUGCAAAUAAUCGCACCAACUGUUGUCACCUUCUCACCAAGCUGCUUGGCGAUGGUCUUGUAGUCCAUUCCAGCCUUGUAUAGGUGUACAAUCUUGUCCCUGACAUCCUUGGAGAGCUCUUUGGUCUUGGCCAUGGUGGAGAGUUUGGAAUCUGAUUGAUUGAUUGCUUCUGUGGACAGGUGUCUUUUAUACAGGUAACAAACUGGGAUUAGGAGCACUCCCUUUAAGAGUGUGCUCCUAAUCUCAGCUCGUUACCUGUAUAAAAGACACCUGGGAGACAGAAAUCUUUCUGAUUGAGAGGGGGGUCAAAUACUUAUUUCCCUCAUUAAAAUGCAAAUGAAUUUAUAACAUUUUUGACAUGCGUUUUUCUGGAUUAUUUUGUUGUUAUUCUGUCUCUCACUGUUCAAAUAAACCUAGCAUUAAAAUUAUAGACUGAUAAUUUCUUUGUCAGUGGGCAAACGUACAAAAUCAGCAGGGGAUCAAAUAGCAGGGGAUAAAUCCCUCACUAUAUGUCUCGUGUCUUAGCCGUUGAAUUGCGACUCCACUUUGUCUCUAUACUGAUGUUUUGCCAGUUUAAUUGCCUUGCGGAGUGAGUAGCUACACUGUUUGUAUUCUGCCAUUUCCCAGUCACCUUGCCAUGGUUAAAUGCGGUGGUUCGCGCUUUCAGUUUUGCGCGAAUGCUGCCAUCUAUCCACGGUUUCUGGUUAGGGUAGGUUUUAAUAGUUACAGUUGGCACAACAUCACCUAUACACUUCCUGAUAAACUCAGUCACCGUAUCCGUGUAUUCGUCGAUGUUAUUCUCGGAGGCGACCCGAAACAUAUCCCAGUCCGCAUGAUCAAAACAAUCUUGAAGCAUGGAUUCCGAUUGGUCAGACCAGCGUUGAAUAGUCCUUAGCACGGGUACUUCAUGUUUGAGUUUCUGCCUAUAGGAAGGGAGGAGCAAAAUAGAGUCGUGAUCAGAUUUGCCGAAAGGAGGGCGGGGGAGGGCCUUAUAACCAUCCCGGAAGUUCGAAUAGCAAUGGUCGAGGAUUUUAGCAGCGCGGGUACAACAGUCGAUAUGUUGAUAGAACUUCGGCAGCCUAGUCCUCAUAUUUGCUUUGUUAAAAUCCCCGGCUACUAUAAAUGCAGCCUCAGGAUAUGUGGUUUCCAGUUUGCAUAAAGUCCAGUGAAGCUCUUUGAGGGCCGUCGUGGUAUAGGCUUGAGGGGGGGAUAUACCCGGCCGUGACUAUAACCAAAGAAAAUUAUCUUGGGAGAUAAUACGGUCGGCAUUUGAUUGUGAGGUAUUCUAGGUCGGUUGAACAGAAGAACUCGAGUUCCUGUAUGUUACUACAAUUACACCAUGAGUCGUUAAUCAUGAAAUACACACCUCCGCCCUUCUGCUUCCCGGAGAGAUAUUUAUUCCUGUCUGCGCGAUGAACUGAGAACCCAUCUGGCUGGACCGAUUUCGACAGAAUAUCCCCAGAGAGCCAUGUUUCCGUUAAACAAAGUAUGUUACAGGCCUUGAUGUCUCUCUGGAAUGAAAUCAUUGCCCGGAGCUCGUCGAGCUUGUUAACCAGAGAUUGAACAUUAGCGAGUAGUAUACUUGGAAGCGGUGGGUGGUGUGCGCGCCUCCUAAGUCGAACCAGCAGGCCGCUCCGAGUUCCUCUCCUCCGCCGGCGAUGUUUUGGGUCAGCCGCUGGAAUCAGUUCAAUUGCCCUGGGGAGAGCAAACAAAGGAUCUGCUUCGGGAAAGUCUAUUCAUUUUGUGAGGGCUGCAAGCUGUUUACCAGGUUUAUUUGACAUUAAAUAGUAUGCUUUAUUUUUGUUGAAUCUGUAGUUGUUGGCUGUCUUCAAAAGUUAAAUAUUAUAUUCUUGCUUAAGUUCAGACAUUUUAUUUUCUUCUUCACUUUGUAAAGAUUUUUUAUGGGCUUUUUCUAAAAUAGUAAUUUAUUUUUAUUUCUAACUAAAACAUUCCUCUAAAACAGUCCUGUAUACGUGGGACUGGGAUCUGCCUUUUAGGAGGGUAUUAUCGAUGUGACUGUGAGUCUCUGUCCCAGCUCUUUUUUUUUUAGAUGUGCCCCAAACGUAUCAAUUUUUAAAUCCAGGUUAAAAACACUUAUAUUUUCACAUGCCUACGACUGAGCACUUAAACUUAACCACACUGUUUAGCCUUAUAGCUUCCUAUGUUUUUAUCCCAUUUAUAUAUAUAUAUUUUUUAUCUUUAUAUAUAUUUUUUUAUUUUAUUAUGAUGUUUUCAUUAUUUUUGAUAAACAUCUUUGUAAAGCACAUUGAAUUGCUUUGAUGUAUGAAUUGUGGUAUAUAAAUAAACUUGCUUGCUUGCUUGCUUUUGAGAGAAUGUACUGAAGCCGUCAUCCCAGUUAUGUGUUGGAUACCUAGGUUGUGGUGAGUAUAGAUCCCUGGGCUCAUUGUACAUGAUUGGCUGCAGCAGUCCACCUCUUCCGUGUGGAAUACUUGUGGGCCGUGGUGGUGGCAAUGGUAUUACCUGCUGGUCAUCCCAGUUAUGUGUUAAAGACCUAGGUCCUGGUGAGUAAGAGUUUAGAUGCCUGGGCUGGCUGUACAUCAUAGGCUGCAGUCCACCUUUUCCAUGCAGAGCACUGAAGAGCCAUGGUGGAGGUGGUGGCAGAGGUGUUGCCUGCUGGUCAUCCCAGUUUACAAUCAAUGAUAGUAGUUGCACUUUCAGACGUCCCUUGUUUCAUCCUAUUUUCUUCAGCUCUGGCACAAGGCUGUGCACAAAUACCUCCUCCGAGGUAGCAGCAGAAGGGAUUGGCUUCCUGACAAACGCAAGCAGUUCUUCAUCCACAUCUUGAUGGUUGACCUUCUGUAUUCUUUUUCUUGGCUGCCAGUCUUGAGCCGUGUCUGUAGUGGUUGGUCUUGACUGUUGUUCAGGCAUCUGUAGCACAGGGUCAUGGCUCGGGGACCCCACGUCGUCCUCAGUGUCAUCAGGCCCCACAAGUUGUGGCUGAGGCAAAUCAGCAUUUGCAAGACUGAGGUUGCCUCGAGCUGAAAAUAGGUCAACAUAUAAAUAAAAAGUCAAAUGUGUUUAAGUAAACUUUAGAAACCUCAGCUCAGGCUCAAUUAAUCAAAAUGUCAUUAUUCCUCUGUAAUAAGGGAUUGAUUCAUAAUCUAUAGACCUAUAUAAUCACUAACUCAGAAAUGGGACACCAGUUGACAUGAAUCAAUCAAGUAGUUACUUAGUAUGUAGGAAAUAAGGCCAGCAAUACUGCAGAUCUUGAGGUUCGGAAUUCAGUGCAAUCAAUUCAAAGGUAUAUUAUAACUUACCUUCUUGGCUGGACGUAAGGUAUCAAGAUUUAUAAUAUUUUCAUUUAUUUCCAUUCUUUCUGAUUGGUUCCCCAGAACCGCUGGGUUGGCCCUUACAAAAAAUUAUUGCAGUUUUGAAACUGCAGUCGACUGUGGUAUUUUGGACGCAGUAAUUGCAGAGUAACUACAGUGUACUGCAGUUCAAUAUCUUUGAAGAGUAAAAUAGACAUGAUUGCUAACCAAUAACAAUACAUUUAUUUUGUCAUUACAGGUACUUGGCAUCUGGAGACUCUAUUUGCAGCCUGGCCUUUACCUAUCGUCUUGGAUUCCAGACAGUGUCGCAGUGCAUUAUGGAGACCUGUGAGGCCAUAGAGAGGAGGACGCUGGCGACCUAUUUGCCACGACCCACUGAGGAAACCUGGAGACAAACUUCUCAAGAGUUUAGUAUUUCCUUUAUUUUAUUUAUUUUCUUACUAAUUUUCUUACUCGUAAGUAAGCAUUUAACGGUAAAGUCUACACCUGUUGUAUUCGGCGCGUGUGACAAAUAAAAUGUGAUUUGAGAGGUAAAUGAUUUUAAAGGACUAGAAACUGGCGAGCUCUGUUAGGUCGUUUCAUCUUACGACUCAAUAUCGCCACCUACCGGCCUUCGGGCCACAUGCCAGCGAUAGUUUAUCUUUGACCGUGUCCAUAAAACGCGAAAAUCUGAAAGAUCUUAAUCUAUAUAUUUCUUCUAGAAACGUUUGCAUACAAUAUAAGCAGUAGAUAAACUGAUAGACUACCUACCUUGACCACCUCACAAAUGUGGUGGUGUCUUCUUCAGUCUGUCCAAUCGAUUCGCCAUGGUGGAUGAAAAUCUGCACACGUUCUUCUGGGGGAGAACUAUUAGCAGGACAAGACAUGUUUACGCCGGACUUUGAAAUCGACGCACACGGAACGCUAAAGAAAUGAAGAAAAACAGUUUCGUAGGCUAACACGGUUAUAGUGGAUGAAUGAUAUUACUUUUCACUAUUUGCCCAUACACUAUCCUACAAGGGUGUUUUUGGCACUCAAUUGAACCCUUUCACUUUAGCUAGCUAACUUAAUUUUGGCUAUUUUAUCAAGCGAACUGCGGUACAGCCAGCAACAAACAUGAACGUUGAUACUCCACAGCCAGUCAUAACAGGGGUCUUUUCAAAUUCCUCGACAUCCAGUAAUUGCCUCACUAACAACAUUGCAUCAACUAACGUCAGCAGCAUCGCCUCGGUUGCCAUAGGUAAUUGUAAGUAUUCAGACGAGUUAUGAGGUAAUGAUAAGCUUUAUGAGCUGGCUUUAGAUUCUAAAGCCAGCUCAUAAAGCUUAUCCUAACCAAAAUAAAUUUAAAUUAAAUUAGACACGGUUACAGUAAUGAAUGGUCUGCUAUCUACUGUAGCUAGGUCAGAACUUUUGUCGAAAUUCUUCAAGUACAGUAGCCCACACCAUAUAGCACUGUGCAGAACUUGAGAACCAUCUUAGAUCUAACACCAUUCAUUGCUUGCUGCUUUGUGAAACAACGGCUUAGACCACUGCUGGACCUAGGCUAUCAACAUCUCAGCUACAUUUAGGAAGAGAUUAAACCAUGUAUUUCUCAUUUUUUUGUUUCAGCCCCAACCUCAGCUGCCAUGGCCACACCAUCUGACACAUCCGUGUCCAACGGCGUCUAUGUGCCUAGUGGCAUUGCCAACGGCGAUGUGAAGCCUGUAAUCACAACCACACCACUGGCUGACUUUCUCAUGCAAUUGGAGGACUACACUCCUACAGUGAGUCAACCCCCCUUAAUUGGAGGAACGUUAAUUCAACAAAAUAUAAAUGUACAUGACAUUUUUCACAUACCUAGGCUGAUGUCGACAGUCGAUUGAUUCUUAUACAUAAUGCAUAUUUGGGUUAUGUAGUUAUCAGACGUCUCUGAUUCACUUAGCAUGUAAAUGUCCUCUGAUGUCAAUUGUGGCGAUGCAAGUGUACAAAAAAGAAUAAUACCAAAACACAUUGCAAUGACCAGUCCAACCUCUACCAUGUUUUUGCCAGAUACCUGAUGCAGUGACAGGCUACUAUCUCAACCGGGCCGGCUUUGAGGCGUCUGAUCCGCGAAUGUAAGCAUGCCUCCUCUUUACCUCCUUAACUGCCAAGAGUCCUCUCCAUCUAUUUCAGCUUUUACACCAGUUCAAUUCAAUAUCAACUCAUGUGAGCGCCAAACGUAAACAUUAUUUAUGCCCACCAUUUUCAGAAUCCGUCUGGUCUCCCUCGCGGCUCAGAAGUUCAUCUCAGACAUCGCUAACGAUGCCCUGCAGCACUGUAAAAUGAAGGGAACUGCCUCGGGGAGCUCCAGGAACAAGACAAAGGUUAGUGCAUUUCUAAUAUAACGUAGCAGGCGUAAAAUAAACACCUGAGCAGCGUUUCUUUCUUUCUGGUCCGGACAAGAGAAAAAAACGUGUCGGGAGGUUCUCUUCUGCCCUGUUCAACCAAUUCAGUAAAUGUGAAGGAGUCAAGAUGGAGUGUUACCUUGUUAACGUCCAAAAGCGGACGUCUUGUCACAGGCUAUUUUUCAAUUUCCCAUGAAAACCGAAUGCAUCCGGUUGUUUCCGACCACGCUGAGGGUGGUGCUUUUCUGACGCUACUGAAACAUAACAUAGGCUAUACACCUCAGUGAAUGAACACAUGAACUGUUGUUAAUGUAAGAUGCACAGAAUUAUUCAUGCACAAGUAUAAAUGCUGUUUGGAUCUUUUUGAUUGGUUUCUCACUCCGUCCUCCCACCUCUUCCCUCCCAAAGCAUGACAAGAAGUACACAUUGACCAUGGAGGACCUCUCCCCUGCCCUUUCUGAGUAUGGCAUCAACGUAAAGAAACCUCAUUACUUCACAUAGGAAAUUGGUCUUCACAGUGUGACAACCCCCUAUGAUCAUGGUUCUUAAAGAUGUCAGUAGAAUAUUAAUUGCAGUCACUGUUCUGUUAGUAAAAAAAAAAAAAAAGUGGGCAUGCUUUGCUUUGUGUGGAAUUUUGAGCUUGUACUAUUUUAUUGAGACAAAUAAAACGUUCAACAAUGACUUUUUUCUGACUUUGUGCUUUGUUGCCUUUUCGUUUAUGUAGUCUGGUGAUAAACAAUGGGAAGAGUUGUGGGUAGUUUGUAAACUAUUUAUCAGGAUGAUGUAACAGUACUAAAAAUAGUAUUUAACGUUAGGUUGAGUGGGUCAGUCAGUAAUAGAGAGAAAUAGUAAGGGUGUCUUUUUGUAGGCACUAACUCCGCCAUGGUUCGUUGGACAAAGCCUAUGAAGAAAAUGAAUGGUGUUUUUGUAGGCUUAGGAGAUUUUCUACGUUUUGUUCUAUGAGAUAAUCUUGAUCAGCUAACAUCACUUUUUGUGAAUUUUGAAGAAUUUAUGUAAUAAUAAAAAACACAAUUCACAAAGGCUUCAUCGUUCAUAAAGGUCAUGUUAACUGACUGCUAUUAUCUCAUAGCACAAAACCUAUAAGAUCUCCUAUGCCUGUGUUAACCUCAGACCUUAUUUUAGGCGUUUAUAUCAAAACUAUUCUUUCCCCAUUCGUUUUUCACAUAGGGAUGGCUGAACGAACCAGAGGUAAUUUAUUUCCGGGUUUUAGGAAUACAAGCUGGCAAACUCCUCAAUCUACACACAAUACCCCAUAAUGACUAAGCGAAAAGUUUUUUUUGACAUUUCUGCAAAUGUAUAAAAAAUAAAAAACAUCGUAUAUACAUAAGUAUUCAGAUCCUUUGCUAUGAUACUCAAAAUUGAGCUCAGGUGCAUCCUGUUUCCAUUGAUCAUCCUUGAGAUGAUUCUAAAACUUGAUUGGAGUCCACCUGUGGUAAAUUCUAUUGAUUGGACAUGAUUUGGAAAGGCACACACCUGUCUAUAUAAGGUCCCACAGUUGACAGUGCAUGUCAGAGCAAAAACCAAGCCAUGAGGUCAAAGGAAUUGACCGUAGAGCUCCAAGACAGGAUUGUGUCGAGGCACCAAUCUGGGGAAGUGUACCAAAACAUUUCUGCAGCAUUGAAGGUCCCCAAGAACACAGUGGCCUCCAUCAUUCUUAAAUGGAAGAAGUUUGGAACCACCAAGCGACUUACAGGAGCAAUUAGGGUUAAGUGCCUUGCUCAAGGGCACAUCGACAGAUUUUUCACCUAGUCGGCUCGGGGAUUAGAACCAGUGACCUUUCGGUUACUGGCACAACGCUCUUAACCACUAAGCUACCUGCCGCCUGCUCUUUGUUUGUUGACAAGGUUAGGGAAACUCACACACAGACAAUGCUUAUAACAUACAGUGUUUUCAACUUACAUAUUUGACACACUUUGACAUAGGUACAUGAUUACAUUGUGCAUGUUCAUUUAUACAGAAAUUAUUAUUCAACAUGUUCUCCACUGGGAUUUGAAUUUUGAAUUUAAAACCUCUUGGUUCACGGCAUUCCAAUCUUCCUGCUACGCCACAAUGUCUGUGCCAGUUAUCAGUUAAUCUGACAAUUCUCUAAUCAUUGAUUAGAUUGACUUAUUUCAGCUUUUUUAAGGCUUUUUGUAUAGUUUUCUAAUAUUGGCGGGGCAUAUAAGCCUAUUUUAAUGUUACUCCUGAAUCACUAUGAUCAAUAACAUAGUUUUUCAUGAGGCGACCUGCCGCCUCAUCGUUGUUGGUAAUCAGGCCUACCAAUGUUGUGUCGUCGGCAAACUUAAUGAUGGUGUUGGAGUCGUGCCUGGCCAUGCAGUCAUGGGUGAACAGGGAGUACAUGAGGGUACUGAGCACACACCCCUGAGGGGCCCCCGUGUUGAGGAUCAGCGUGGCAGAUGUAUUGUUACCUACCCUUAGCACCUGGGGGUGGCCCGUCAGGAAGUCCAGGAUCCAGUUGCAGAGGGAGGUGUUUAGUCCCAGAGUCCUUAGCUUAGUGAUGAGCUAUGAGGGCACUAUGGACGUUUUGUCCAGGUGGGAAAGGGCAGUCUGGAGUGUAAUAGAGAUUGCAUCAUCUGUGGAUCUGUUGGGGCGGUAUGCAAAUUAGAGUGGGUCUAGGGUUUCUGGGAUAAUGGCGUUGAUAUGAGCCAUGACCAGCCUUUCAAAGCACUUCAUGGCUACAGACGUCAGUGCUACGGGUCUGUAGUCAUUUAGGCAGGUUACCUUUGUGUUCUUGGGCACAGGGACUAUGGUAGUCUGCUUGAAACAUGUUGGUGUUACAGACUCAGUCAGGGACAGGUUGAAAAUGUCAGUGAAUACACUUGCAAGUUUGUCAGGGCAUGCUCGGAGCACACGUCCUGGUAAUCCGUCUGGCCCUGCGGCCUUGUGAAUGUUGACCUGUUUAAAGGUCUUACUCACAGCAGCUACGGAGAGCGUUACCACACAGUCGUCCGGAACAGCUGAUGCGCUCAUGCAUGCUUCAGUGUUGCUUGCCUCGAAGCGAGCAUAGAAGUAAUUUAGCUUGUCUGGUAGGCUCGUGUCACUGGGCAGCUCGUGGCUGUGCUUGCCUUUGUAAUCUGUAAUAGUUUGCAAACCCUGCCACAUCCGAGCGUCGGAGUCGGUGUAGUAUGAUUCAAUCUCCUGUAUUGACGCUUUGCCUGUUUGAUGGUUCGUCAGAGGUCAUAGCGGGAUGUCUUAUAAGCGUCCGGGUUAGAGUCCCGCUCCUUGAAAGCGGCAGCUCUACCCUUUAGCUCAGUGCGGAUGUUGCCUGUAAUCCAUGGCUUCUGGUUGGGGUAUGUACGUACGGUCACUGUGGGGACGACGUCAUCGAUACAUUUAUUGAUGAAGCCAGUGACUGAUGUGGUGUCCUCCUCAAUGCCAUCGGAAGAAUCCCGGAACAUAUUCCAGUCUAUGCUAGCAAAACAGUCCUGUAGCUUAGCAUCUGCGUCAUCUGACAACUUCUUUAUUGACCGAGUCACUGGUGCUUCCUGCUUUAGAUUUAGCUUGUAAGCAGGAAUCAGGAGGAUAUAAUUAUGGUCAGAUUUGUCAAAUGGAUGGCGAGGGAGAGCUUUGGUACACAUCUCUGUGUGGGAGUAAAGGUGGUCUAGAGUUUUUUUUCCUCUGGUUGCACAUUUAACAUGCUGGUAUUAAACAAGAAAUUAUGGGAUUUGAUGGAGACUCUCUUUACAGGCCUCUGGAAGAGUUUCACAGUGGAUGUCUUUUUGUCCCCCCCCCCCCCCACACCCCCUACAACCGUCCACCACCUAAUUCUCAAUGGAUUACAUGUGGACGCAGGACAUGAGGCCGCAUUAAUUAAAUCAAAUUCAAGUUUACCUGCAUUAAAGUCCCUGGCCACUAGGAGCGCCACCUCUGGAUGAGCGUUUUCCUGUUUGCUUAUGGCCUUACUGUGGGGAAAAAAGUAUUUAGUCAGCCACCAAUUGUGCAAGUUCUCCCACUUAAAAAGAUGAGAGAGGCCUGUAAUUUUCAUCAUAGGUACACGUCAACUAUGACAGACAAAAUGAGAAGAAAAAAAUCCAGAAAAUCACAUUGUAGGAUUUGUAAUGAAUUUAUUUGCAAAUUAUGGUGGAAAAUAAGUAUUUGGUCAAUAACAAAAGUUUCUCAAUACUUUGUUAUAUACCCUUUGUUGGCAAUGACACAGGUCAAACGUUUUCUGUAAGUCUUCACAAGGUUUUCACACACUGUUGCUGGUAUUUUGGCCCAUUCCUCCAUGCAGAUCUCCUCUAGAGCAGUGAUGUUUUGGGGCUGUCGCUGGGCAACACAGACUUUCAACUCCCUCCAAAGAUUUUCUAUGGGGUUGAGAUCUAGAGACUGGCUAGGCCACUCCAGGACCUUGAAAUGCUUCUUACGAAGCCACUCCUUUGUUGCCUGGGCGGUGUGUUUGGGAUCAUUGUCAUGCUGAAAGACCCAGCCACGUUUCAUCUUCAAUGCCCUUGCUGAUGGAAGGAGGUUUUCACUCAAAAUCUCAUGAUACAUGGCCCCAUUCAUUCUUUCCUUUACACGGAUCAGUCGUCCUGGUCCCUUUGCAGAAAAACAGCCCCAAAGCAUGAUGUUUCCACCCCCAUGCUUCACAUUGGUAUGGUGUUCUUUGGAUGCAACUCAGCAUUCUUUGUCCUCCAAACACGACGAGUUGAGUUUUGACCAAAAAGUUCUAUUUUGAUUUCAUCUGACCAUAUGACAUUCUCCCAAUCCUCUUCUGGAUCAUCCAAAUGCACUCUAGCAAACUUCAGACGGGCCUGGACAUGUACUGGCUUAAGCAGGGGGACACGUCUGGCACUGCAGGAUUUGAGUCCCUGGCGGCGUAGUGUGUUACUGAUGGUAGGCUUUGUUACUUUGGUCCCAGCUAUCUGCAGGUCAUGCACUAGGUCCCCCCGUGUGGUCUGGGAUUUUUGCUCACCGUUCUUGUGCUCAUUUUGACCCCAUGGGGUGAGAUCUUGCGUGGAGCCUCAGAUCGAGGGAGAUUAUCAGUGGUCUUGUAUGUCUUCCAUUUCCUAAUAAUUGCUCCCACAGUUGAUUUCUUCAAAACAAGCUGCUUAACUAUUGCAGAUUCAGUCUUCCCAGCCUGGUGCAGGUCUACAAUUUUGUUUCUGGUGUCCUUUGACAGCUCUUUGGUCUUGGCCAUAGUGGAGUUUGGAGUGUGACUGUUUGAGAUUGUGGACAGGUGUCUUUUAUACUGAUAACAAGUUCAAACAGGUGCCAUUAAUACAGGUAACGAGUGGAGGACAGAGGAGCCUCUUAAAGAAGAAGUUACAGGUCUGUGAGAGCCAGAAAUCUUGCUUGUUUGUAGGUGACCAAAUACUUAUUUUCCACUAUAAUUUGCAAAUAAAUUCAUUAAAAAUCCUACAAUGUGAUUUUCUGGAAAAACAAAUCUCAAUUUGUCUGUCAUAGUUGACGUGUACCUAUGAUGAAAAUUACAGGCCUCUCUCAUCUUUUUAAGUGGGAGAACUUGCACAAUUGGUGGCUGACUAAAUACUUUUUUCCCCACUGUAUGUUUAUCCCCGUUCUGUUUGCUUCAGCUUAAGAAACAUUUUUCAACAGAAUCGGCGGAAUGAUCACCCACAAACACAGUUCACUUUCACAUACAAACAGCAUUUUGCUUGUUUUAAAUUUUGUUUAAAAAUAAUUUUCACCUUUAUUUAACCAGGUAAGCCAGUUGAGAAAACGUUCUCAUUUACAACUGCGACCUGGCCAAGAUAAAGCAAAAGCUGUGUGAUAAAAACAACAACAACACAGAGUUACAUAUGGGAUAAACAAAAACACACAGUCAAUAACACAAUAGAAAAUGUAGUAAGUUAUGGAGGUAAGGCAAUAAAUAUGCCAUAGUGCAAAAUAAUUACAAUCUAGUAUUAACACUGGAAUGAUAGAUGUGCAGAAGAUGAUGUGCAAAUAGAGAUACUGGGGUGCAAAUGAGCAAAAUAAAUAACAAUAUGGGGAUGAGGUAGUUGGGUGGGCUAAUUACAGAUGGGCUGUGUACAGGUGCAGUGAUCGGUAAGUUGCUCUGACAACUGAUGUUUAAAGUUAGUGAGGGAGAUAAGAGUCUCCAGCUUCAGAGAUGUUUGCAGUUCUUUCCAGUCAUUGGCAGCAAAGAACUGGAAGGAAUGGCGGCCAAAGAAGGUGUUGGCUUUGGGGAUGACCAGUGAGAUGUACCUUCUGGAGCGCAUACUACGGGUGGGUGUUGCUAUGGUGACCAAUGAGCUAAGAUAAGGUGGGGAUUUGCCUAGCAGUGAUUUAUAGAUGACCUGGAGCCAGUGGGUUUGGCGACGAAUAUGUAGUAAGGGCCAGCCAACGAGAGUGUACAGUUCACAAUGGUGGGUAGUAUAUGGGGCUUUGGUGACAAAACGGAUGGCACUGUGAUAGACUACAUCCAAUUUGCUGAGUAGAGUGUUGGAGGCUAUUUUGUAAAUGACAUCGCCGAAGUCAAGGAUCGGUAGGAUAGUCAGUUUUACGAGGGCAUGUUUGGCAGCAUGAGUGAAGGAGGCUUUGUUGCGAAAUAGGAAGCCGAUUCUAGAUUUAACUUUGGAUUGGAGAUGCUUAAUGUGAAUCUGGAAGGAGAGUUUACGGUCUAACCAGACACCUAGGUAUUUGUAGUUGUCCACAUAUUCUAAGUCAGACCCGCCGAGAGUAGUGAUUGUAGUUGGGCAGGCGGGUGCAAGCAGCGUUCGGUUGAAGAGCAUGCAUUUAGUUUUACUAGCGUUUAAGAGCAGUUGGAGGCCAUGGAAGGAGUGUUGUAUGGCAUUGAAGCUCGUUUGGAGGUUUGUUAACACAGUGUCCAAUGAAGGGCCAGAUGUGUACAAAAUGGUGUCGUCUGCGUAGAGGUGGAUCUGAGAGUCACCAGCAGAAAGAGCGACAUCAUUGAUAUACACAGAGAAUAGAGUCGUCCCAAUAAUUGAACCCUGUGGCACCCCCAUAGAGACUGCCAGAGGUCCAGACAACAGGCCCUCCGAUAUGACACAUUGAACUUAUCUGAGAAGUAGUUGGUGAACCAGGCGAGGCAGUCAUUUGAGAAACCAAGUCUAUUUAGUCUGCCAAUAAGAAUGCUAUGAUUGACGGAGUCGAAAGCCUUGGCCAGGUAGAUGAAGACGGCUGCACAGUACUGUCUUUUAUCGAUCGUGGUUAUUAUAUCGUUUAGGACCUUGAGCGUGGCUGAGGUGCACCCAUGACCAGCUCGGAAACCAGAUUGCAUAGCGGAGAAGGUACGGUGAGAUUCGAAAUGGUCGGUAAUCUGUUUGUUAACUUGGCUUUCAAAUACUUUCGAAAGGCAGGGCAGGAUGGAUAUAGGUCUGUAACAGUUUGGAUCUAGAGUGUCACCCCCUUUGAAGAGGGGGAUGACCGCGGCAGCUUUCAAAUCUCUGGGGAUCUCAGACGAUAUGAAAGAGAGGUUGAACAGGCUAGUAAUAGGGGUUGCGACAAUUUCGGCGGCUAAUUUUAGAAAGAAAGGGUCCAGAUUGUCUAGCCCAGCUGAUUUGUAGGGGUCCAGAUUUUGCAGCUCUUUCAGAACAUCAGCUAUCUGAAUUUGGGUGAAGGAGAAGCAGGUGGGGGAAAUGGGCAAGUUGCAGUGGAGGGUGCAGAGCUGGUGGCCGGGGUAGGGGUAGCCAGGUGGAAAGCAUGGCCAGCCGUAGCAAAAUGCUUGUUGAAAUGUUCAAUUAUUGUAGAUUUAUUGGUAGUGACAGUGUUUCCUAGCCUCAGUGCAGUGGGCAACUGGGAGGAGGUGCUCUUAUUCUCCAUGGACUUUACAGUGUCCCAAAACCUUUUGGAGUUAGUGCUACAGGAUGCAAAAUUCUGUUUGAAAAAGCUAGCCUUUGCUUUCCUAUAUUCCCUGAAAAGUUGCAUUUCGCGGGGGCUGUUUGAUGCUAAUGCAGUACGCCACAGGAUGUUUUUGUGCUGGUCAAGGGCAGUCAAGUCUGGGGUGAACCAGGGGCUAUAUCUGUUCUUAGUUCUGAUUUUUUUGAAUGGGGCAUGCUUACUUAAGAUGUAGAGGAAAGCACUUUUAAAGAACAACCAGGCAUCCUCUAUUGACGGAAUGAGGUCAAUAUCCAUUCAGGAUACCCGGGCCAGGUCAAUUAGAAAGGCCUGCUCGCUGAAGUGUUUUAGAGAGCAUUUGACAGUGAUGAGGGGUGGUCGUUUGACCGUGGACCCAUUACGGACGCAGGCAAUGAGGCAGUGAUCACUGAGAUCCUGGUUGAAGACAACGGAGGUGUAUUUAGAGGGUAAAUUAGUCAGGAUGAUAUGUAUGAGGGUGCCCAUGUUAACGGAUUUAGGGUUGUACCUGGUAGGUUCCUUGAUAAUUUGUGUGAGAUUGAGGGCAUUUAGUUUAGAUUGUAGGACGGCCGGGGUGUUAAGCAUAUCCCAGUUUAGGUCACCAAGCAGUACGAACUCUGAGGAUAGAUGGGGGGCAAUCAAUUCACAUAUGGUGUCCAGGGCACAGCUGGAGGCUGAGGGGGGUCUGUAGCAAGCGGCAAAAGUGAGAGACAUACAGUGGGGAGAACAAGUAUUUGAUACACUGCCGAUUUUGCAGGUUUUCCUACUUACAAAGCAUGUAGAGGUCUGUAAUUUUUAUCAUAGGUACACUUCAACUGUGAGAGACGGAAUCUAAAACAAAAAUCCAGAAAAUCAUAUUGUAUGAUUUUUAAGUAAUUCAUUUGCAUUUUAUUGCAUGACAUAAGUAUUUGAUACAUCAGAAAAGCAGAACUUAAUAUUUGGUACAGAAACCUUUGUUUGCAAUUACAGAGAUCAUACGUUUCCUGUAGGCCUUGACCAGGUUUGCACACACUGCAGCAGGGAUUUUGGCCCACUCCUCUAUACAGACCUUCUCCAGAUCCUUCAGGUUUCGGGGCUGUCGCUGGGCAAUACGGACUUUCAGCUCCCUCCAAAGAUGUUCUAUUGGGUUUAGGUCUAGAGACUGGCUAGGCCACUCCAGGACCUUGAGAUGCUUCUUACGGAGCCACUCUUUAGUUGCCCUGGCUGUGUGUUUCGGGACGUUGUCAUGCUGGAAGACCCAGCCACGACCCAUCUUCAAUGCUCUUACUGAGAGAAGGAGGUUGUUGGCCAAGAUCUCGCGAUACAUGGCCCCAUCCAUCCUCCCCUCAAUACGGUGCAGUCGUCCUGUCCCCUUUGCAGAAAAGCAUCCCCAAAGAAUGAUGUUUCCGCCUCCAUGCUUCACGGUUGGGAUGGUGUUCUUGGGGUUGUACUCAUCCUUCUUCUUCCUCCAAACACGGCGAGUGGAGAUUAGACCAAAAAGCUAUAUUUUUGUCUCAUCAGACAACAUGACCUUCUCCCAUUCCUCCACUGGAUCAUCCAGAUGGUCAUUGGCAAACUUCAGACGGGCCUGGACAUGCGCUGGCUUGAGCAGGGGGACCUUGCGUGCGCUGCAGGAUUUUAAUCCAUGACGGCGUAGUGUGUUACUAAUGGUUUUCUUUGAGACUGUGGUCCCAGCUCUCUUCAGGUCAUUGACCAGGUCCUGCCGUGUAGUUCUGGGCUGAUCCCUCACCUUCCUCAUGAUCAUUGAUGCCCCACGAGGUGAGAUCUUGCAUGGAGCCCCAGACCGAGGGUGAUUGACCGUCAUCUUGAACUUCUUCCAUUUUCUAAUAAUUGAGCCAACAGUUGUUGCCUUCUCACCAAGCUGCUUGCCUAUUGUCCUGUAGCCCAUCCCAGCCUUGUGCAGGUCUUCAAUUUAUCCCUGAUGUCCUUACACAGCUCUCUGGUCUUGGCCAUUGUGGAGAGGUUGGAGUCUGUUUGAUUGAGUGUGUUGUCACGAACCGGCUCAAGUUCGUAACAAAAGGGAGACACGUGGAGACAAGGAAUACUCAAAGUAUAUAUUUAUUAACUAAAGUAAACUAAAUCAAAUAACAAUGGUGUGUGUAAUCAGUAGUGUAAGUGAGUGUUUGCAUGCAUAAAUGUAAUAUGGAAAAGUGUUGAGAGGUGCCAAAGCAAACAACCAAAAAGGCCACAAAAAUACCACAACCAAAGUCAAAGUAUCUGCCUGGAGAGAGUCUCCUCAAUGAAUGUGGAAGAGGUCCAUUUAUGCUGGGACACACCCGGCCCAGGUGUUUCCCAUGUAGCUGACGACCCUCCCAACUCCGCCCACCGGCAUCCUAAUAAGGAAACAAGAGCAAAGAGAGAAUACGCCAGACAGAGUGGGAGGGUCGUCACAGUGUGGACAGGUGUCUUUUAUACAGGUAACGAGUUCAAACAGGUGCAGUUAAUACAGGUAAUGAGUGGAAAACAGGAGGGCUUCUUAAAGAAAAACUAACAGGUCUGUGAGAGCCAGAAUUCUUACUGGUUGGUAGGUGAUCAAAUACUUAAGUCAUGCAAUAAAAUGCAAAUUAAUUACUUAAAAAUCAUACAAUGUGAUUUUCUGGAUUUUUGUUUUAGAUUCCGUCUCUCACAGAUGAAGUGCACCUAUGAUAAAAAUUACAGACCUCUACAUGCUUUGUAAGUAGGAAAACCUGCAAAAUCUGCAGUGUAUCAAAUACUUGUUCUCCCCACUGUAUUUCUGGAAAGGUGGAUUUUUAGAAGUAGAAGCUCAAACUGUUUGGGCACAGACCUGGAUAGUAUGAAAAAUGUAUGCACUCACUAACUGUAAGUCGCUCUGGAUAAGAGUGUCUGCUAAAUGACUAAAAUGUAAAUGUAAAUGUAUGAUAGAGCUCUGCAGGCUAUCUAGUUAUAAUUCCUUCUCGCAUCUACGCGCUAUCGUCCUCUCACCUUUUCCCUUCGCUUGCAGACUUUAGUGCUCAACACAACAACUGUCUGUGACCAGGUGAAAAAACCUUUCCAAGCCAAACCUUCAUAUCAUAACCUCUAACCGCUACACACAGCCUACAUCGUUGUCACCAUACUAGCGAACAUCCUAGUCAACAUAGCUAGUAGAACUAACGCGUUAGUAAACCCGCUACAAUCAUGCAGUACAGUGUGCAGCAAGCAGUUUAGCAGUUACAUUGGCGGGACCCGGUGGCAAUAAAUUAAUAAAACCAAAAGCUUACCUUGACUUGGAAGAGUUCCAGUGUUGGAUCGCCAUAGCCAACUAGCUAACAUAGCAUCCAUCUCUGUUUGAGCCGGGUGUUUGUGUAGGCUUAACUAGAUAGCUGCAUUUGCUAAGUGCAAGUUUUAAAAAAAUACAACAAAAUAUAGCUAGCCCUCUCUUGCUUCUCCUUCAUUUUUGAAGAAAUUAGUUUGUUCAAAACUGUUGAACUAUUGUCUUUUUCUUUGAGUCAACUACUCACCAAAUGUUAUGCACUGCAAUGCUAGCUAGCUGUAGCUUAUGCUUUCAGUACUAGAUUCUUUCUCUGAUCCUUUGAUUGGGUGGACAACAUGCCAGUUCAUCAUGCAAGAGCUCUGAUAAGUUGGAGGACGUCCUCUGGAAGUUGUCAUAAUUACUGUGUAAGUCUAUGGAAGGGGGUGAGAACAAUGAGCCACCUAGGCUACUAUAGACCUUCAUUGCAAAACGGUGUUUUAAUCAAUUAUUUGGUGACGUAAAUAUAUUUAGUGUAGUUUUAUCUAAAAAGGAAAACUUUGUUUCUUUAUUUUUAUGAAGGAUGGUCCUCUCCUUCCUUCUCUGAGGAGCCUCCACUGGUGUGUAGUAAUGGCUUGAAACAAACGCACGCACUGAAGGUCUCCUAGCCUAGUCAGCAUUAGGGAUGUGACGGUAAUUGAAUAACAGUGUAACUGAUGGUUAUGGAUGAAUGUCAUGAAAAUAAAGUAACCAUCAAACCAUUUACAUACAGUGGGGAGAACAAGUAUUUAAUACACUACUUACAAAGCAUGUAGAGGUCUGUAAUUUUUAUCAUAGGUACACUUCAACUGUGAGAGACGGAAUCUAAAACAAAAAUCCAGAAAAUCAUAUUGUAUGAUUUUUAAGUAAUUCAUUUGCAUUUUAUUGCAUGACAUAAGUAUUUGAUACAUCAGAAAAGCAGAACUUAAUAUUUGGUACAGAAACCUUUGUUUGCAAUUACAGAGAUCAUACGUUUCCUGUAGGUCUUGACCAGGUUUGCACACGCUGCAGCAGGGAUUUUGGCCCACUCCUCCAUACAGACCUUCUCCAGAUCCUUCAGGUUUCGGGGCUGUCGCUGGGCAAUACGGACUUUCAGCUCCCUCCAAAGAUUUUCUAUUGGGUUCAGGUCUGGAGACUGGCUAGGCCACUCCAGGACCUUGAGAUGCUUCUUACGGAGCCACUCCUUAGUUGCCCUGGCUGUGUGUUUCGGGUCGUUGUCAUGCUGGAAGACCCAGCCACAACCCAUCUUCAAUGCUCUUACUGAGGGAAGGAGGUUGUUGGCCAAGAUCUCGCGAUACAUGGCCCCAUCCAUCCUCCCCUCAAUACGGUGCAGUCGUCCUGUCCCCUUUGCAGAAAAGCAUCCCCAAAGAAUGAUGUUUCCACCUCCAUGCUUCACGGUUGGGAUGGUGUUCUUGGGGUUGUACUCAUCCUUCUUCUUCCUCCAAACACGGCGAGUGGAGUUUAGACCAAAAAGCUAUAUUUUUGUCUCAUCAGACCACAUGACCUUCUCCCAUUCCUCCUCUGGAUCAUCCAGAUGAUCAUUGGCAAACUUCAGACGGGCCUGGACAUGCGCUGGCUUGAGCAGGGGGACCUUGCGUGCGCUGCAGGAUUUUAAUCUAUGAGGCGUAGUGUGUUACUAAUGGUUUUCUUUGAGACUGUGGUCCCAGCUCUCUUCAGGUCAUUGACCAGGUCCUGCCGUGUAGUUCAGGGCUGAUCCCUCACCUUCCUCAUGAUCAUUGAUGCCCCACGAGGUGAGAUCUUGCAUGGAGCCCCAGACCUAGGGUGAUUGACCGUCAUCUUGAAAUGUUCUAAUAAUUGCGCCAACAGUUGUUGCCUUCUCACUGCUUGCCUAUUGUCCUGUAGCCCAUCCCAGCCUUGUGCAGGUCUACAAUUUUAUCCCUGAUGUCCUUACACAGCUCUCUGGUCUUGGCCAUUGUGGAGAGGUUGGAGUCUGUUUGAUUGAGUGGUGGACAGGUGUCGUUUAUACAGGUAACGAGUUCAAACAGGUGCAGUUAAUACAGGUAAUGAGUGGAGAACAGGAGGGCUUCUUAAAGAAAAACUAACAGGUCUGUGAGAGCCAGAAUUCUUACUGGUUGGUAGGUGAUCAAAUACUUAUGUCAUGCAAUAAAAUGCAAAUUAAUUACUUAAAAAUCAUACAAUGUGAUUUUCUGGAUUUUUGUUUUAGAUUCCGUCUCUCACAGUUGAAGUGUACCUAUGAUAAAAAUUACAGACCUCUACAUGCUUUGUAAGUAGGAAAACCUGCAAAAUCGGCAGUGUAUCAAAUACUUGUUCUCCCAACUGUAGGCCUACAUUCAUUUUAGGAUUUAUUUAAUUAACUUUCUUUUCAUGUAGAUAACCUUUACCUAAUAGCAGGAGUAUUUACUAAUGAUUAUAAGCAAUUGUUUUGCCAACUUAGGCUGUCUAUUAAACUUUCUACAUCUCCUCUGCUUUCCAACUGUCCUUUGCUCAAGCAGCCAACGAGACCCCAUAAAAUUACAGCCCUUCUAUCCCCUCAAAGUAGAAUAGUAGCCUAGGCUAUAGUGUUGGCCUGCAACGCACUUUUAUGAAUGCCCAUGUGGUAGCCUACCAUUUGUAAAACAGGCAAUUUACCAUUAAUCACUGUCUUUUGGUUACAUUAAUUUCUGUUAAUGCAUGUAUUACAGUGGGGGGAAAAAGGUAUUUAGUCAGCCACCAAUUGUGCAAGUUCUCCCACUUAAAAAGAUGAGAGAGGCCUGUAAUUUUCAUCAUAGGUACACGUCAACUAUGACAGACAAAUUGAGAAUUUUUUUCUCCAGAAAAUCACAUUGUAGGAUUUUUAAUGAAUUUAUUUGCAAAUUAUGGUGGAAAAUAAGUAUUUGGUCACCUACAAACAAGCAAGAUUUCUGGCUCUCACAGACCUGUAACUUCUUCUUUAAGAGGCUCCUCUGUCCUCCACUCGUUACCUGUAUUAAUGGCACCUGUUUGAAUUUGUUAUCAGUAUAAAAGACACCUGUCCACAACCUCAAACAGUCACACUCCAAACUCCACUAUGGCCAAGACCAAAGAGCUGUCAAAGGACACCAGAAACAAAAUUGUAGACCUGUACCUGGCUGGGAAGACUGAAUCUGCAAUAGGUAAGCAGCUUGGUUUGAAGAAAUCAACUGUGGGAGCAAUUAUUAGGAAAUGGAAGACAUACAAGACCACUGAUAAUCUCCCUCGAUCUGGGGCUCCACGCAAGAUCUCACCCCGUGGGGUCAAAAUGAUCACAAGAACGGUGAGCAAAAAUCCCAGAACCACACGGGGGACCUAGUGAAUGACCUGCAGAGAGCUGGGACCAAAGUAACAAAGCCUACCAUCAGUAACACACUACGCCGCCAGGGACUCAAAUCCUGCAGUGCCAGACAUGUCCCCCUGCUUAAGCCAGUACAUGUCCAGGCCCGUCUGAAGUUUGCUAGAGUGCAUUUGGAUGAUCCAGAAGAGGAUUGGGAGAAUGUCAAAUGGUCAGAUGAAACCAAAAUAUAACUUUUUGGUAAAAACUCAACUCGUCGUGUUUGGAGGACAAAUAAUGCUGAGUUGCAUCCAAAGAACACCAUACCUACUGUGAAGCAUGGGGGUGGAAACAUCAUGCUUUGGGGCUGUUUUUCUGCAAAGGGACCAGGACGACUGAUCCGUGUAAAGGAAAGAAUGAAUGGGGCCAUGUAUCGUGAGAUUUUGAGUGAAAACCUCCUUCCAUCAGCAAGGGCAUUGAAGAUGAAACGUGGCUGGGUCUUUCAGCAUGACAAUGAUCCCAAACACACCGCCCGGGCAACGAAGGAAUGGCUUCGUAAGAAGCAUUUCAAGGUCCUGGAGUGGCCUAGCCAGUCUCCAGAUCUCAACCCCAUAGAAAAUCUUUGGAGGCAGUUGAAAGUCCGUGUUGCCCAGCGACAGCCCCAAAAAAUCACUGCUCUAGAGGAGAUCUGCAUGGAGGAAUGGGCCAAAAUACCAGCAACAGUGUGUGAAAACCUUGUGAAGACUUACAGAAAACGUUUGACCUGUGUCAUUGCCAACAAAGGGUAUAUAACCAAGUAUUGAGAAACCUUUGUUAUUGACCAAAUACUUAUUUUCCACCAUAAUUUGCAAAUAAAUUCAUAAAAAAUCCUACAAUGUGAUUUUCUGGAUUUCUUUUUCUCAUUUUGUCUGUCAUAGUUGACGUGUACCUAUGAUGAAAAUUACAGGCCUCUCUCAUCUUUUUAAGUGGGAGAACUUGCACAAUUGGUGGCUGACUAAAUACUUUUUUUCCCCACUGUAAGUACAGUAAUUUACUGUUUUUAUUCUCGGAGUGGAAAUGUUGUUUGCAGAGUUCACAACCUGCUACACUUGUGAGAAACAAGUUUUGGUGUAUUUCAUACCAUAAUUUACGUGCUCCAUGUGAGCAACCUGAGCACUCAUAGAAGUAAGUACCUGGCCUGCUUCCACUUAAUGUCAAAAGAAGGAAAGUGCCCAGCUGGGCUUCUGUAAUUUUUUUGUUCACCUCACACAGUAAAGUCAACAAGGUUUAUAAUAUAUAUAUAUAUAUUUUUUACAUCCAUUCAAAUUAUAACAGUUUCUCACAGUAUUUGAGUUUAGGCUACAUUAUUUAUCUCUUUGAAGAACAUAUGCCAAUGCCACUGCAAUCAGCAGCAGGGUUUGUGACGUUAUCUGAAUGUUUCCGGAAAGGUGGGAGAAAACCCAUCGUUUGAAUGGUUUUGUGUGUCGAAAUAGGAUCUCUAUUUAUUUCUUUAUAUGCAGAAAAGACAACAGACAAGGACAAGGUAGGCAUAUACACUACAUGACCAAAAGUAUGAGACACCUGCUCGUCGAACAUCUCAUUCCAAAAUCAUGGACAUUAAUAUGGAGUUGGUCCCCCCUUUGCUGCUUUAACAGCCUCCACUCUUCUGGGAAGGCUUUCCACUAGAUGUUGGAACAUUGCUGCAGGGACUUGUUUCCAUUCAGCCACAAGAGCAUUAGUGAAGUCGAGCACUGAUGUUGGGCGAUUAGGCCUGGCUCGCAGUCGGCGUUCCAAUUCAUCCCAAAGGUGUUGGAUGGGGUUGAAGUCAAGGCUUACAUUUACAUUUUUGUCAUUUAGCAGAUGCUCUUAUCCAGAGCGACUUACAGUAGUGAGUGCAUACUUUUUCAUACUGGUCCCCCGUGGGAAUUGAACCCACAAUCCUGGCAUGGCAAGUGCCAUGCUCUACCAACUGAGCCACAUGGGACUCUAUGCAGGCCAGUCAAGUUCUUCCACACCGAUCUCGACAAACCAUUUCUGUAUGUACCUUGCUUUGUGCACAGGGGCAUUGUCAUGCUGAAACAGGAAAGGCCCUUCCCCAAACUAUUGCCAUAAAGUUGGAAACACAGAAUUGUCUAGAAUGUCAUUGUAUGCUGUAGCGUUAAGAUUUCCCUUCACUGGAACUAAGGGGCCUAGCCCGAACCAUGAAAAACAGCCCCAGACCAUUAUUCCUCCUCCAUCAAACUUUACAGUUGGCACUAUGCAUUCGGGCAAGUAGCGAUCUCCUGGCAUCCGCCAAACCCAGAUUCGUCCAUCGGACUGCCAGAUGGUGAAGCGAGGACAGACGAUUUUUAGCACUCGGCGGUCCCGUUCUGUGAGCUUGUGUGGCCUUCCACUUCGUGGCUGAGCUGUUGUUGCUCCUAGAUGUUUCCACUUCACAAUAACAGCACUUACAGUUGACCGGGGCAGUUCUAGCAGGGCAGAAAUUUGAUGAACUGACUUGUUAGAAAGGUGGCAUCCUAUGAUGGUGCCACGUUGAAAGUCACUGAGCUUUUCAGUAAGGCCAUUCUACUGCCAAUGUUUGUCUAUGGAGAUUGCAUGGCUGUGUGCUGGAUUUUAUACACCUGUCAGCAAUGGGUGUGGCUGAAAUAGCCGAAUCCACUAAUUUGAAGAGGUGUCCACAUACCUUUUUUACAUCUUUACUUUGACUCCAUUAAUGUUGUGUCAAUACGAAAAUGCAACAGAUCCUCUCCAACCUGGCAUUUCUUAAUUUGUUGAUUUAAUAUUUAUAAUAACCUGAAUAAUAAUAAUAAUGAAAUGCCAUGAUAAUAACGAAGUGUAAUGGCUUGUUUCAUAUAGGUUUUAUUAAGAAGCAUAUCCAUGUAAACAAGUGUACAAACAGAAUUGUGACCGCCUCUUUUAUUUUUGUCAUCCUAUUUAGCUAGGCUAGCCUGCCUAAGUAUGCUACAGAGCUGUCAAUCAUUUUACUAGUUUUUCAAAGUAGAUAAGGCAUUAGUUUUCCGAACUCUCUAUCCCGCUCUCUCUUGUGUUGUGUACAUUCCUCUCUCAUGCAGCGGUGUAUGCGGUCUGUGUGUAUCUAACAUAGCAGGCAUAAAAGUGUAGCCAUCUCUGUCAGACGGAAAAGAACAGGCGCAAUGGAUUAUGGUCAUUGUAGUUAAUUACCAUGUUUUUUGUUUGAGCAGUGUGACAUUUGUCACUAUAUGAAACACACACACAGGCAGUGUACUUGGCAGCAAAAGGGCUGGACUCUGUCAUCACAUUUGAUGACAAAGUUGAUUUUUUAUUGUGUGUAGGGCAGUGUAUCAGUAUGCCUACACUAGGGGCUCAAUUCAAUCAUUUUGGUAUAGUAGCUGUCUUUUCUCAUGGUCAGUUAUACCACAAUGAUUUUACAUACCAGAAUAACCUACCAGUGUCUUGUAGUCUCCCCUCUUUGGUUGAUGUUAUGAAUAAUUAGUAUAAAUGUGCAGGGUUUUUUCUGCAUAGAAAAGUAUUGGUCUGUGUUUUUUUGGGGGGACGCCUUUGUCCAAACAUUUUUUUUAAAAUGAUAUUUUAUUAUUAUACUUUUUUUUGUUUUGAUUUUGUUAUAAUGUUUGAGUCACUCAGAUAGCAUAAGCCAUGGCAAAAUAGCUUUAACAUUUACAUUUUAGUCAUUUAGCAGACGCUCUUAUCCAGAGCGACUUACAGUUAGUGAGUGCAUACAUUUUCAUACUUGCCCCCCGUGGGAAACGAUCCCACAACCCUGGCAUUGCAAGCACCAUGCUCUACCAACUGAGCUACAGGUGACAUACAAAUACUUUGUGGACUGCGGGCCGCCAGUUGGGGAACCCUGCUUUAGAGAAACUAGAGUACUGAUCCGGUUGUUAUAGUUUAAGAAUGUAACCUACACCAACAGAAUUGGCCAGUUUAAGUGAACACACUUGUGAAUUCAAUAAAACAGAUGAAGCUGUAUUUGUGAACAAAGUCAGAAUGAGUAAUUUGACACAUUGUGGAUAUAGGAUAUUCCAUUUUAUUCAUACACUAGCCUAAUCUGUAUUGAAAGAUUCAGGUUGAUUGAAUUUACAUACAUUUUGGAUGUAGUGAGUGUGAGUCAGUUAGUCUACGUUGCAAAAGGUAAAACAAGAAAGAACAGACCUAAAAUGAAAGGCAUCAGUACUCUAGUUUCUCUAAAGCAGGGUUCCCCAACUGGCGGCCCGCAGUCCACAAAGUAUUUGUAAUUAUGUUCCGGCCCCCCGACCAUCCGCUCAAGAAAAAAUCGGCCCGCGGCUAAAUCUAGUUGAGGAUCCCUGCUCUAUAAAGCGUAUUGAAAAAGCAUGUGUUGUGUGUAUCUACCUACUGUUACAGAGAAACAUGAAAGUCGAGGAGUGAGAGUCAAUACAGUUUAUUAAUCAAACAUUGAAGAAGCGUACAAACUAUGCUACUUAAAGUGUUGCAGGUCCUUUUUCUGUCCAUGUCCUUGCACGUGUGUGAGAGAGUGAAAGUGUCAGUGAGUGUGUGGGAACAAUGAGGUAGCUUAAACUAAGGUCAAUAAUUAUUGCAAUUAUACAGGCUAGGCCUACUAACUAUGUUCUGUAGAAGUCUGUAACAGCAUAACUGUUGUCCUCUGUGUUCUUAAAGGAAAGAUUCAGCCAUUUUGAAUGUUUUGGGGCAUCUGAGCGAUGUUCUAUUGAUUCCUGGGGUCAUUUCAUGUGUAUCUGAGCUCUUGCCGUUCACACAGGCAGAAAUACAGCCACUAUGAUGUAGCAUUGUGAUAAAGCCGCUCUCACUAAACUGGAAGUUAAUAGGAAGAUGAUUUUUAGAUCGCUACAACGUCUAUCAUACAUGUCAGAUUUCAAUUUUGGAUGAUGUCAUAACGCGGGAGGUUGUCUUCUCUCGAAUGAGCCAUUGAUAAUAUUUUUGCAAUAUUCCUACCUCGAGAAAUGUGUAAUUUAACAGAGGGUCCACAAGAAUUCUCCUAUUUUUCUGCCUCUUCAGUCCAGGGUGCAUUGCAUGGUGCUGCCCAGUGGCUCAUAGAGCGGAAUCGUGAGAGGCUCUGUUGGAAAUGUAGGAAACUGCAAAGUCCGAGGAAGCUUGGGGAGAGGAUUGCCUAAUCUUGGAGGGUAAGGGAAAAUGCUGUUUUAUGAAAAAACAGGAACAGAUGGAAGUAGUUGUCAUGAUACCAGAAUUUUUACUUCGAUACCAGGUUUAGUAUCACAAUAUUCGAUACCAAAACGAUACCACGGCAAAAAAAGGAGGCAUAUUAGCCAAAGUCAUAGAAUGACACUUGAUCCAGACAGAUAAACUCAGCUACUGCUCUGUUUAAUCUUGGGCAUCUUGAGUUCAAUAUCAUUACAUUUGAACAUUUUAAUGUGAAUUAUUUUAGAGACAGCCAUGUAUGCAUUAAUGAAUCAAUUAUACAAUCAUUUUGAGUUUGUUUUUACCAAUCUAACUACAAAACAACAAUGGUAAUCAUUUAUUUGAAUGGUAAAUCUCUACUGAUAAACUGGGUAAAUCAAGAUGUAGCGUAGGUCUAUUCACAUUACAGGUGAAUGCAUAUUAUUCAAUAGGAGUUUGUGCAUGCAUUGAGUUAUUGAGCUUGUUUUAGCUGAUUUCAUGGGGCUACAGAUGACAAACAAUCCCUUCCAUUUAGAACUAUUUUAUUGGCAACUGCUAUGAGAACAUAUUUUAUUGUACUGAUCAACAACAUUUGCAUAGAAGCGCUCUUCUUUUAUAAAAGUGUGUACUGUCUCUUUAAGAAAGUAAUGCUGUCAUUCACACAGCAGAUUGUGGCUGUGGAAUCUGACUUUGUGGCUGUGGAAUCUGAUUUUGUGGCUAUGGAAACCAGACGGGAGCAUUGAGGUAUAAUGACGGGAGGCGAGGUAGACGAAAAAGCGAAUUAGUUUUUGGUGGCGAGGGAGACAAAGUGAAUUUAUAACGUUUUUGGUCACAAUCAGCUUUGAAAUCAGCAUAUUUUGCAUUAUGGUUUAUCACAAACAAAGUACUAAGUGAUAAGUUGCGUCAAUUCAAAUCUGGUAUUGGAACAAAAAGAGGGCAAUACACGUCUUCUAAAAUAGACUAGUAUUUUAAUUAAUGCAAAACGCUUCAAUGGUAAAUAUGAUGUUCGUAUAUAAGGGUCCACUGAAAUACCACGCAGGGUAGUCAGAGAACUGGUCCAUUGUUAUAGGUUCUUCUUUAAAUACUCUGACAGAGAUAGUUCCCGCUCCCUGCUGGCCUAUCAGAGUAGAGACUGAGCGUGGUUUAGACUUACUCAGCCUAUCGUUGGCGCACAGGCUGGUCCCAGCCCCUUGACGCUUCACUGUUGCCAGGUGUCAGUUGUUUUCUCCACAACUUGUCUCGAGUCAGCAACCCCAGACACAGUUUGUAGCAGAACACAUGUCCUUGAGCGGUCUAACAAAGAGGCAGUGUGUGAGUAUGUGAGACACAAGUCUUAUCUCAGCCUACCCCCUAAUAGUUCCUCACAUUAAUCACAGCUUGUUAUGUUGACCAAUCUAUAUCAGUACAGCACAAACCUAUUAUGUUUAAUCAUUAAUGUAUUAUUUCUAAGCUAGGCAUCACAUCUAGUUAUAAGAAAAUAGAUCCCCACAUAGGGUAGCUUCCAGCUUUAUUUGUAGGCACAUUUUCCUUGCUAACUUACAGCUGUAAGUUAGCAUGGAAAAUGUGCCUACAAAUAAAGCUGGAAGCUACCGAUAUCGACUUGCAUUGUAAAGUGUAACUAGCCUAUAUGGACAGUGUUUUGUGAAAAGUAAUGAACAGUUUCAACAUUUCGACAUGCCGUGUUGCAUUAUUCAAGUGUGUUAAAUUCUGUGCAGUGGGGAGCUAACAAUGCAGCCCAGACAGCUGUAGCAGGCACUUUUCUAUUCGUGCUAUAAAGGGGCUGAUACAGACUUGAUCCUCUCAAUCACAUGAGACACAUUUGACAGAAAUUAGUGCUGAACGUAACAAAAAUUCUAGUAACAAACUGUUUUUUUUGUGUGUGUAUCGAAAAAGUACCGAAUUUUCGGUAUAGCAACACUAGAUGGAAGUGAUUUAGCGGGUGUAUUUUCACUACAGGACAUGUAAGGAUGCUCGUAGAUGUAUUACAUGGAAUGGGCAACAUUUUCCUUCAAGUCCAUAUCUGAACCUAUAGGAGGAAUGUAAAGAUAAUACAGUAGGCCUAUCUUUCAUUACAUUUUACAUUUUAGUCAUUUAGCAGACGCUCUUAUCCAGAGCGACUUACAGUUAGUGAAUACAUAUUUUUUUAUACUGGCCCCCCGUGGGAAUCGAACCCACAACCCUGGCGUUGCAAACGCCAUGCUCUAUCAACUGAGCUACAUCCCUGCCGGCCAUUCCCUACCCUGGACGACGCUGGGCCAAUUGUGCGCCGCCCAUGAGUCAUGAGUCCCGUCUGCUUUUCUUUUGGCCUGAUUCAGACAUGCAGGAGUGGGAUUCUGUCCUUGCCUGACAGGCUGAACACAGCCUUGAGAAGGUUCUCAGAUAUUAUUUUGUGAACAAAUGUUUCAUUUUGUCUAUUAUAAUAAGGUUGGUAGCAACAUGUGAAAAUUGUUGUGGAAAUCUGUUUCAGUUCGAGUCGACUACAAAACCCACAAUGCAAUGCUCUCUCUUUGGGCUGGCUGGUUAGCUAGCCAUUGUAGCUACACACAAUGGCUGUGUCCAGGGCCAGCGCCAGAACAAAUCUGUUGGACGGGCAUGGGGGCAUGUUUUUUUUCACGGGACCACCUAUGUGGAGAUAUAUAUAUCAAAUGAAAAAUACAAAUUAAAUAUAAGUGUUAAAUAAAUUGUAUUUGUGUAGUGCCUUUGUUACAACUAUGAAACAGAAAGCAUUGUUGUUGGCACCCGGUAUAAGCUUAUUUUUAUAACGACAAAAUACAAAUAAAUACCCCAACCACCAAGAUGCAUGGUCAAAUGACGAAAACAUCAGCAGCCUAAACAUCAUUACAAGCGCCAAGUGUGCUUGAUAAUUGUGAAAAUCAUCACAAAAGCAAUAAUGGCAUUAUGAAUAUAAGUGUUGAUUGCAGUCAAAAAGUCAAUUAUCAGUUGGAGCAUGUCCAUGUCACAUUACCUAAAUAACGAAAGCUGUUGAGUGCGUUGCUGAUUUUAUUUAUUGCGUGAUGUAGGGCCGGCUCCCUCAGAGAUCACAUUUUGUGCUGAUAAUAGCCGUUGCAUUCUCACCGGUUCAAUUCCAAACACUGUUUCAUUUGGUGGUGGUAUGGGCACCUGCUCAGUCCGCAUGGUUCUGACUUUUUUGCUUAGGCCUCUGCGGUGUGGGUUCAGGUUGCGGCUCAGAAUCAGAAGAAUACUCAGAGGUGUCAUUAUGUUACAUGUCUUACCCACCAUCGAAGUCGUUUCGUUUUAGCAAUGCUAACGAAUGCAUCUAUUCGUCUCGGUCUUCUUGCCAUUGUAAAUUACGCACGCUCUCACUGUGUACUCCAAGUAGGCCAGAGUAGACUGAUAGAGUACAUAUCAUUUUGAGAUUAUAAUUAGAAUAGAUAAAUACAAUAGAAUGGCCCUCCCUGCUGUUCAUUCACAAUUGGUGAUUACAUAAUUAUGCAUUUUUCGCUUCCCCUCACUCAUCAACUCAUCCACUUUCCCCAUCAUACUUUAGCCUACUUCUUUUAUUUAAUCUGUUAUUAUGUGUGAAAUUAGUUUUGGUAUAGUUUAGGUUCACUUUCGAGGCCAUUAUCGGGGUGAUUUUCAACUGGGAAAGUCAUCUUCAACUAUCGGGAGAAGGAGGGGAGCAGGUCCUACUAUUGAGAGAAGGAGAGGCAACGGGGGAAACUAUAAAAACUGUCUACAACACCAGUUCUGUUUGUGAUAUUAAGAUUCUAACAACGACAGUCAAGGACGGAGGGGGGCAUUACUUUAAAAAUGGUAGCGUAAUACAUUUUUUAAAUUCAUGAUCAGUCCAAAUGACUGCUUUAGCAGUUCUAUUGUGGGUUUUAUAGCAACAACAUGUAAUUUAACUGUAAAAAUGUAUUAGCCUACCUUUUCAUGUGGCAUGAACACAACCAGUCAUGAUAUUUACAUCUGAUUGUAAAACAGAUCACUUCAAAAAGUAGGUUACCUUUGCACGUUAGUCCAAAAUAGCAUCCGAUCGACUGAAACAGCGCCCUUCUGUAUUACAAUAUGUAGCCCCAUGUAUCUGAUGCGGUCUGGCAAUGUCAUAUUCUUUUAGUCCAGACAGCAUCAGAUACAUGUGCUACAUAUUCUGAGGCACGAGAGGUGCUGUUUCGCUUGAUCGGAUGCUUUAUCUGACAAUGAUGGGACUUUGUCGGCGCGCGUCUCGGUCAAAUACAUUUUCAAUAUUUAAAUAUUUUAUUUGGAGGGGCAUGGAGGUACUGUAGGGCGGGCCAGGAGGUACUACCAUUUGGGACGGGAUUAGAAGGCAGCAUAAAGUGACAACGCAUUCCACCGAGGGCGAGAUGUUUGUUUACAUUGUAGCUACUGUAGCAGCUUGAGCAACUAGUGCUAGCAAUUCAGUGAACAACUAUCCCAAAAUGUAAAUGUCUGACACGAAUAGCAAGUAAACAAGUAACAGAAUCGAUCUCCUCAGUACCUGUUCAUGAAUUAUUGAUGACACCGACCAGAAUAAUUAUCCUACGGCAGUGGUCACCAACCGGUCGAUCUCCAAGGCAUUCCUAGUUGAUCACCAAACAUUUCUGUAAAAAAAAACAACGAUAAAGCCUUGCGUUCCUAUUUAUUUAUGCGUUUGCGCUGUUAGCGGUAGGUGCACUUGAUUCAGCAGCCUUAGCGCUGGGAAGGCAAAGUGUUCCCAUUUUGAACCAUUCCAUGUGUCUAAAGGUAAAACUCCGCCUCGAGCCAUAGACUGUAAAAAGAAGCCUCGAACGCACAGCAAAGUUCAAAACCAUGACUAGAGACUCAACGAAUACAGCAAAGAGAUUUGGUUUAUUUGUGUACGUUUAUGUUUAAGUUGUGAUUCAGCACUGUCAACACUUUGUUCAACACCUUUAUAAGCCACCAGCACUGCAGCUGAAAUGAAUGAGUAAGCCUAUAGCAAAGUGUUCUAUAAUAAUAAUAAUAAUAAUAAUAUGCCAUUUAGCAGACGCUUUUAUCCAAAGCGACUUACAGCCAUUAAGCUUGCGUUAUUAUUAUUUCAUUUCGAGGAAUAUUUCACUUUCUCUGGUCAUAGGAGUAAGAACAUACAUUUGUGCAUGAGGCCGAAAUAAUGCAGUGCGACUUAAGUUUCGCCUUCAGCUGGAAGACUGUGUCCCCUUUUCUCAGCGGAGGGCGGAGGGACUGUGAGUCGUGUGAGAGGCAGCCUCACCGCUGCUCCCUCCCUCCCCUCAGACUGACCAUCAGAUGACCACUGUCCUAAGGUAUAGGGUCCUCCUCUCGCAUAUUGCUUAGUCUGCAGCUCCAUCGUUGUGGACAGACAAGCAGCCUUGCAUACAUAAUACAGGAUCCGAUUUUUUAAAGAAUAUAUUUUACUGACUGUUUAAGAAUGAUUAAUAGCCAGAAUAGUGGUGGUACACCAUGAAGCUAAUAUUGCAUUAGAGCUGCUAAAGUUUUUUCUAUGAGUAGGCUGUCAGUGGAGGCUGCUGAGAGGAGAACGGCUCAUAAUAAUGUCCAGAAUGGAGCAAAUGGAAUGGCAUCAAACACCUGGAAACCAUCUGUUUGAUGUAUUUGAUACCAUUCCACAUUUCAGCUCCAGUCAUUACCACGAGCCCAUUCUCCCCAGUAAAGGUGCCACCAACCUCCUGUGGUAGGCUUGCAUUGCGAUUAAUUCAUACAUCUAUCACACCCGUGCAUAUUAUAUUAAAUUACACAGAUGUUCAGGAUAACAUGGUUUUAUAUUAGUUGAUAACUAAUAUUGAAAAGGUGAUAUGAUGCAAUUUAACUAGAUAAGGCCUAGGCUACUUCAUCCUAAUGUAAGCUAAACACGUUGGAUGCAAAUACUGGCAUGUGAUAAAGGAUAACAUGUCCAAUAUAAUUCGGAAUUAUAGGAAAAGCAGCCAACAAGUGCUCAGCAUAUGUGGGAACUCCUUCAAGACUGUUGGAAAAGCAUUCCUCAUGAAGCUGGUUGAGAGAAUGCCAAGAGUGUGCAAAGCUGUCAUCUAGACAAAGGGUGGCUACUUUGAAGAAUCUAAAAUCUAAAAUAUAUUUUGAUUAGUUUAACACUUUUUUGGUUACUAUAUGAUUCCAUGUGUGUUAUUUCAUAGUUUUGAUGUCUUCACUAUUAUUCUACAAUGUAAAAAAUAGUAAAAAUAAAGAAACCCUUGAAUGAGUGGGUUUGUCCAAACAUUUGACUGGUACUGUAUAUAUUCAAUGAAAUUAAUACAGCAUUGUAAUAUUACUGAUGCCUUUCUCUCUCCUUGCAGGGGAUAAGACAGAUCAACAACAGGCACCAGAUGCCCAAGCCUCAAAACCAGAAACGUGGAGACUUUAACACUUGUAAUUUUAAAUAAAUGUUAACAUUUUUAUUUGUUUUCCUGUAUCUGUUCAUGAGUCCUUAAAACACAGUCCAUUUGACAAAAUAAGUAAUUCCCAAGUGAGGGACAUCUCAAGGACAUUAACCUCCAACAUUCAUAAGCUUGUUCAGUACAUGAGGGCAAAUUUAGUCAUGACCGCCACAGGUGCUUUUAUACACAGAACGGGAGUUUACAAGUUUUUGUUCCAGCCCUUAACUAACAACAGAAAAUCACAUCUGUAUUUUAGAAUGAGCUUCAUAAUUGCAUGAUAAACAAUAACAUGGGUGAAUCUAUUUAUAUCUAACAUUGAGAUCUUGCACACUCCUUAAUAGAAUCCUGGGAUAUGGUGAUUAUCCUGGUGGCUGGGAGGUUCCCAAUAAGUUAUUUACAUCUGCAGGGUGUCAGAUGUCCUUCAAGCAGAGACAAUGGGUGAGAAAGUAAACCACUUUGGUGACAACUUUAGUCCCUGAAAACAAAUGGGAAAAAACUAUUUGCCACAUGUCUAUAUCUGACUAGCAAGUUCACCAAUUCAUGAUUUAAAAACAGUCCAGGUCUUCACAAUUGACACAUUGCUGAAUCUACGAUUAGGCCUAAUUAGUUUAGUUGUUCAACUCCAAACAGCCGAUAAGCACGACUAGAUCGCACAACGUUAGCUAGCUAUCGCGUACGACAUGUUAGCUAGCUAGCUUGGCAACGGGCUGAUAAACAACAGUUACCCAACAUUUGAAUUCAAAAUACAUAGGAAAGUAAUUUGUUGAACAUUUUAACAUCAUUUGGUGAAUAAAUAAACGUUAUACUUACAUUUCGCGAAGUUAUUCCUUAUUCUUCUGGAAAAUUGUAUCCCAAGCGGGGACUUGUGUCCGCCAUUAACUCAGAAUUGUUUAGAAUUUUAGGUGCGGCGAAGGAUACAUGGGAUGGCAUUUUAAGGUACCUUGGGAUUGGGACAUGCCAAUUUUGACAUCCUGACUAGAAAUGCUGCCUCAAAAGGCUGCAUACUUGUCGAUUGGGACACAGCCUUAAAUACCAAAGUCAAUAUCAGCAUGUGAAGUAGCCAGUUAGCUGUAAAAUCGCCUAAACAAACUGCACUAUCAAUUUAGGAGUCUACAAUCUCACCAUGUUCAACCUGCAGAUCGAUGUGCCUCACAGAGUGGUCUAAAAUUCGCAACGGCACCAUGCAAUGCACCCUGGACUGAAGAGGCAGAUAAAUAGGAGAAAUGUGUUAAACCCUCUGUUAAAUUACAAAUGUCUCGAGGUAGAAAUAUUGCAAAAAUAUGAUCAAUGGCUCAUUCGAGAGAAGACAACCUAUCGCGUUAUGACAUCGGCCAUUAUUGAAAUCUGUCAUGUAUGAUAGACGUUUUCAUGAUCUAAAAGUAGUUUUCCUAUUAACUUCCAGUGUAUUGAGAACGGCUUUAUCUCAAUGCUACGUCAUACGGGCCGAAUUUCUAACUGCUUGAACGGCAAUAUCUCAGAUACACAUGAAAACAUGAAUUGACCCAGGGAAUCGAUAGAACAUUGUUCAGAGAUGCCAAAAACAAUAUAACAAUAUAUAUACAUAUAAUUUGUGUGUGUUAUUGUUGGUUUUGUCUGUAUGGAAAAUUGUAAAAGAAAAUGUUUGAAAGAAAUUUAAAAAAUGGAUGAAUCUUUACUUUAAGUGCCAGUAAACAUGCCACUGGCAGAUGUUGUCCGGGCGAUCGGUGUAAGGCCCCAGCCAGUCGCUCUUGAGCCAGAACACCAGCCCCACCAAUAUGCUGUUGGCGCACUCCAACCAUAGGAGGUUGACGCUGAUGUAGGCAGGGACUGCAAGGCCCAAGAGCUCACAGGCGAUGCACAUGACCAGGUAAGAUGCCCACGUUGUGCCGAAGUCCAAAGUCAGGCUGAGGUAAAGGGGGGGCCUGUGCCAUUCGCUCUCCACCACCAGUGCUUUCUCCUCGUCCUCAUCACCCCCUAGCUGCUGUAACUUGGCAUACCUGAAGCUCAAGUGGCUCUGCAGCAUUGGGUUAACAUUGUCCAUCUGCUCUGACAGCCUGUUGGCCUCCUUCAGCCACAAAGACAGCUGUUUGUAGUGGAGCAGCAUUACACAGCAGAUGGCUACGGAGAUCCCCACUGAGAAAUGUACCACAAACACAGACUCCUGCACCGCGCACCCUAAAGCGUUCCUCCCUCCCUCGUACUCAACCUCUAUGAGGUUGGUGACGGCUGAGCAGCAGGAGUACACGCCGGCCAGCACCCACACCAGCAGCGUCAGGGCGUAGUUCCACAGGUCCCUACAGGGGGCGACGUGGCAGGCGGUGUAGCGUGGCUCGGAGGCGUAGUCCAGCAGCCCCAGGCCCAGCAUGGGCAGAGGCAGCGCGUUGAACACGGCUGA